AUGUUAUUUGCCUGUCCUUCAUCCUCUCUUCUCAAGGUCUACUCGCUGCAGUGGGGCGUUCAGAGUUACAUCAGAGGAAUCACGGAACAAACGGUGGAAGUCGCAAAGAAAAUUAAGAAAGACCUUGACGACUUUGCGGAAAAUGAAUUUGGCAUUAAAGAUGACGACCCCGGCCUCCCAGCCAACUUCGACGUUAAAUACCAGGCCACUCUUUUAGCCACUAAAGAAUGUGGUAGAAGAAACAAGCACGAGGGGCAAGAGAACUCAGUUGAUCAGUCUGGCCCAAUAUCCUUUCCAGUUCACAGCGUAGUAAAUUCGAGUAGUUUGAUGAUACUACGCGGAGAUUCCGAGAACGCCGUGACCUACAUUGUCCGGGCGGUGGAAAUAUCGGUCAAAGGAAAGCAGGAGAUGAGAGAGGAUGUUUAG